CAGCGGUUUAGACCAAUCAAGUUAAAAAAUAUGAUCUUCUACUGAUAAUCUACUCUACUCUACGUGACGAAAAGAAUACUUUGAAUGUUUCAUCUAUCUUCUUUCGUUGGGAGGCUAACCUCUUCAGUCCAAAGAGCGAUGAGUUCAUCAGUCAAGCCGAUUGUUAUUUUUGUUCUUGGUGGUCCAGGCGCUGGCAAAGGAACCCAGUGCUCGAAAAUCGUGGAGAAAUAUGGAUACAUUCAUUUAUCUGCAGGUGACUUGUUAAGGGAGGAAAGAAACAGUGGCUCAGAGAAUGGGGAUCUGAUAGAGUCUUGCAUAAGAGAAGGAAAGAUUGUCCCUGUAGAAAUAACCAUAAGUUUGAUUGAGAAGGCAAUGAAUAAAAGCGGUGAGAAAAAGUUCCUAAUAGAUGGAUUUCCAAGAAAUGAAGAUAACCUUCAAGGCUGGAAUAGAGAGAUGAAAGGAAAAGCUGUUGUGAAGUGUGUGUUAGUCUUUGAAUGUACAGAAGAUGAAUGCAUCAGAAGAAUAUUAGAGAGGGGUAAAUCCAGUGGACGAGCAGAUGAUAACAUAGAUAGCCUUAGAAAGAGAUUCCACACACAUGAAACACAGACAAUGCCAAUAAUAGAACACUAUGAAAAGCAAGGACUUGUUAGGAAGAUCCAAGCAAUUAAGUCACCCAGUGAGGUGUUUGAGGAAGUUCAGAAUGUAAUCACAAGCCUUGGUUUAUGAAGAUUACAAGUUCAUUGAGAGUUUGAUGAAAAACUGUUUUGAGUUCAUUAGAAGUAUAACAGGGUAAUUUGGUUUUAUCAACUGAGUUCAUGAAGUAAAUAAGCCAUCAUAAAGAGUUUCAAAAGCUGACAUUUUGAGCAUUAGCCCUCUCAAAACCUCAGUUAUGAAAAUCUUUACAGUGGCCAAUUUACUUUAUCAACUCAGUUGAUAAAACCAAAAUUACCUUGUUACACUUCCCUACUGACACAGCACCACAGUUUGUUUUAGUAACUUAACCCUUUAUUCAUGCAAGUAUAGUUUGUUAAACUGUGUUGGUAAAUGAAAUGGCUUCAUGAAAUGUUAACCAUCACUUGUUACAUACAUCCAGAGACCAUUUUUUAUCAAAUUGUAUGUUACAGUUAUCAAUGCAUCAUUUUACAGAAUAUUCAUUCUUAUGUCUAUGAAUAUACCCUAAAUCCUUUAAUAAGUCUCCCCUCUGAUGAGCCACCCCCCUUCAAUAAGCCCUAAUGAGAAAUUUAUUAAGUCC